GGGUUUGGAUUGGGCCAAAAGGUCCGUGCGAAAUUUGUUUCGUAAUUUUCGAGGAGAUUUUUCUCUCUUCCCCCGUGGGUGGUGUGGUAGUAUUACCCAGGCCCAAUUUGUUACCGAUUUCAGAAUCCCUCUUUCCCCGUGGGUGGUGGUGUGCUGGCUACGUUGUUGGGUUAGGGAUUCUUUUCGGGGGGAAGCGCGGCCUGCCUGGAAAUCGUUGGAGCUCGCUGAGAUCUCGAGUUGUUUGGCAUGAAUUUCGCCGUGGGGCUGGAUCCGCUGGGAGAUCCGGAGAGGGCGACUUGAUUCGUUCGUUUUGGAGGAGAUAUGUGAUGUUGGACUUGCUGCGCUUAGAUAAUUGAAUCUGAAUGUGUGCUUGUGUGGUCGUGCAGAGAAAUUUAUCUUUCUUUGUCCAAAGAAAGCUGUACCACUAGCUACCUUCUUAGCCUCUUCAGCUAGGUUCUUGCUACUUUGUACUAGCUUCUUAGCAUCUUAAGUUAGGUUCCUGCCGCUGUUUAGCUAACUAGACUUUGUGAGUUCUAGCUACUAGCCAAGAAGCAUGGCUGAGGAAACUGGCAACGACAACCAGGUGGUUCAAGGUAAUGAGAUUGUCCCAAGCAAUGAGGAAGCUCAAGCUGAGGAAGUUCAGGGUGAUGAAUUGGUCCCUGCUGAGGACUUAACUCAAGGUGACGAGGUCCAAGGAAAUGAAUUGGUCAGUGCUGAGAUCAGUACCCCUCCAACAUUAAGGCGCCGUAGGAAGAAGUCUCUAGUGUGGGAGCACUUCACUAUUGAAGCUGUCUCUGGAGGGGCUACACGGGCGUGCUGCAAACUGUGCAAGCAAACUUUUGCUUACAGCUCUGGUUCAAAAAUUGCGGGUACUAGCCAUCUCAAGAGGCACAUUACAUUGGGUUCAUGCCCUAAAAUUAAGAACCAAGAGCACAAGCUAGCACUGACUCCAGCUGGAGGGACUGACAAUGAUGGUGAGGGUACUGUGGAGCGCCCAUCUAAGAGGCGUUACAGAUAUACUGGUUAUGCAAAUGCUGCUUUUGAUCAAGACCGCAGUUGCUCAUAUCUGGCAAAGAUGAUAAUUUUGCAUGACUACCCACUUCACAUUGUUCAACAGCCAGCGUUCACUACCUUUAUUGACAGUCUGCAGCCACGUUUCAGGGUUGUAGAUGUUGAGACAAUGGAGGGGGAGGUGUAUGCUGUUUACCAGAAAGAAAAGGAAAACCUCACGCAAGCAUUCAGCACUAUGCCUGGAAGGAUCAGCCUCACCAUUGGAUUGUGGACAACUAGCCAAACUCUUGGCUAUGUUUCACUUUCUGGGCAGUUUAUUGACUCUGAGUGGAAGAUACAUCGAAGAAUGCUAAACUUCAUGAUGGUGUCUUCUCCUCAUUCAGAGAAUGCACUUAGUGAAGCUAUUAGUGCAAGCCUUUCGGACUGGAAUAUGAAGGACAAACUGUUCACCAUCACAUUGGACAAUGAUUGCUCAUCACAUGAUAUAUACAGUGCAAAUCUGAGGGAUUAUCUCUCCAACAAGAACAACCUCAUGCUCAAGGGCCAACUGUUUGUUGUAAGGUGUUAUGCCCAUAUCCUGAAUGCAGUUGCUCAGGAUGUCAUUGCUUCAAUCCAUGGUGUCAUCUACAAUAUCCGUGAAAGCAUCAAGUUCAUAAAAGCUUCUCCUACCCGUGAGGAGAAGUUUGCAGAGAUUGCUCUGCAGCUAGAGAUCCCAAGUACCAAGACCCUUUGUCUGGAUGUUACGACUCAGUGGAACACUACCUAUCUCAUGCUGCUGGCUGCCUUGGAUUAUAAGCAGGCCUUUUCUACUCUAGAGACAAGUGAUGACAACUACAACGAGGCACCGUCCGCUGAGGACUGGAAAAAAGUUGAGGCUGCCUGCAAUUACUUGAAGCUAUUGUAUGACUCAGCACAUAGCAUCAUGGCUGCAGCAAAUCCAACUUCAAAUCUCUUUUUCCAUGAGGCAUGGAAACUUCAACUAGAGCUGUCAAAUGCUACAGGGCAUGAAGACCCUGUUUUCAGCAGCAUUGCCAAGGAUAUGCACGAGAGGUUUGACAAGUACUGGAAAGAUUGCAACCUUGUGUUAGCUAUUGCUGUUGUGAUGGAUCCACGCUUCAAGAUGAAGCUUGUUGAGUUCAGCUACUCGAAAAUUUAUGGUGUUGAAGCUGCGAAGUAUGUUAAGGUGGUGGAUGACGCUGUUCAUGAGCUUUACAAGGAGUAUGUUGCACAGCCCCUCCCCUUGACGCCGGCCUAUGUUGAGCAAGGGGAAGGUAAUAAUGCACCUGCUAGCGAGAAUAGUACUCAAACAACUGCUCCUUCGACCGGCGAUGGACUUGUGGACUUUGAUAUGUACCUUUCUGAGAUAGCUACAAGCCAGCCAACAAAAUCUGAACUGGAACAGUACCUUGAUGAGUCCCUCACUCCGCGCAUCCAGGAAUUCGACAUUCUGAACUGGUGGAAGCUCAACACUCUCAAGUUCCCUACUCUCUCAAAGAUGGCCCGGGAUAUCUUGGCCAUUCCGAUGUCGAUGGUGAGCAGCGGCAACUCUAUUUUCUCUGCUGGAACAGGAACUCGCAUGCUUGAUGACUACAGAAGCUCAUUGCGUCCAGAAAUUGUGGAGGCGCUCUUCUGCGCCAAAGACUGGCUUCAGUAUUCACCAGCUACCCCGGAGGCGCCGAGUACCGCGCUGGUCAAGGUGGAUGCACCAUAGGAUCGCCGUGAUUCCCCCCCUUUUGUGAAGCAACAGCAUGUACCAAUGGUACCUAUUUGUGAAGUUAACUGCUAGGCGUAUUUUAGGCAGGGACUAUGAACUGAUUGUGAUCUGAGCUUAUCCUCCUAGGGUGUAAUUUGUUGUAUCGAACUCUGUUAACUCGUUCAUGUUGUUAUGUACGCUUUGUCUGUAGUAUGCCAUCAGAGUUGUACCUGAUAUUGCAUGUAGUGUGCGCGCUGGCUGCAUAAUAUUUAUCAGCUGGUGCCUUAUGUUUGUACUUCCCCUCAUUAUAAUCCAUUGUAGCAUGUGAUUGUUCUGUGCC